CUUCUCUUCUCUUCUCUCUGCUGCCGAUGAGGAGGAGCUGUUUAUUCGUUCACGUCAUCCUCUAUCUCAUUCCCUUCUUCCUUCCUGCAAUACACAGGCAGAGAGAGAGCGUCCGCUUCGCUAAACGGGUGUGCAUAAUAUCAGUAAAGCGAAGAAAGAGAUUCCGAGCAGCGUUUCACUCCACCGGGACCAGGAGGAAGACUGUUGGCUGACUAGAUGUUACACUAAAGUCAUGGAACAGUUGAUCAAUAGUGGAACUCAGACGGACCCCGUGGUCGUGCUUUCCCUGGCGCAGGCAGCUGUUUUAGGCUUGAUUUCUCAGAACGAAGUGUUUGGAGCCACCAUAGCGCCCAAUGGCUUCUACACCGGAGAACCCAAAGAGUCCCCUCCUCCACAGCAGGAGCAACUAGAAUACGGUUUUACCGACCAGCUCAUCGGGGCCAAUGGAGACUACCUUCCAGAGACAGAGGACGGGGAGCCCCCGGAUGCAGAGGAGAGGAGGAAACCCGGCCCGAAAGGGAAAAGAAAACGGGAGGAGUCCUCGGGGUCUGAAGGUCUGGACUCAGAGGAGGCGAAGCAGGUCAAAGGAGAGGGCCGCUCUAAAAUAGACUGCAGCCAGAAACCAGCAAGCCCUUGCACUGGGGACGGGAUGAAAAUGAUCAACCCGUGCUGCUUCAAAAGCAAUCUUCCACACCUAGUCACUCCUGUAACACGUCACAAGCACAAGCAGAACGGGAACUGCUGUCCCAGCUGCAAGGAGGAGGGUAAAACCAGACGUGAUGAAGAGGAGGAGGAGGAGGAGGAGGAGGAGGAGGAGGAGGAGGAGAAGAAUAAUAAGAAUAAAGACCUCUCUGAACCCAGCGAAGAGAGCCAGGACAGCCCUGUUUUGAGCCAGUACUUCGAGCCCAGUGAAGUGGGGUACGAGUCUGGGGAGGUGGCCGGGCCAGAGGGUGAGUUUGAUGAGAACAGCCAGAACAUGAGCUGGCAGGAACAGACGGACAGUGAGGGAAACGCACAGCACAGCCGGCGGGUGCAGAUCGACCGGCUGGACAUCAACGUGCAGAUUGACGAGUCCUACUGCGUCGACAUGGGUGAAGGGCUGAAGCGCUGGAAGUGCCGCAUGUGUGACAAGUCUUACACCUCCAAGUAUAACCUGGUCACGCACAUCCUGGGCCACAGCGGCAUCAAGCCCCACGAGUGUCCACACUGUGGCAAGCUCUUCAAGCAGCCCAGCCACCUGCAGACACAUCUCCUCACCCACCAGGGCACGCGGCCGCACAAGUGCGGCGUCUGCAAAAAGGCCUUCACUCAGACCAGCCACCUCAAGAGACACAUGCUGCAGCACACGGACGUCAAGCCCUACAGCUGCUGCUUCUGCGGGCGCGGCUUCGCCUACCCCAGCGAGCUGAAAGCUCACGAGACGAAACACGAGAACGGGCGCUGCCACGUGUGCGUGGAAUGUGGGCUGGACUUCCCCGCACUGAGCCAGCUCAAGAGGCACCUGGCCACGCACCAGGGCCCCACCUCCUACGAGUGCUCAGAGUGCAGCAAGUCCUUCCACUACCGCAGCCAGCUGCAGAACCACCUGAUGAAGCACCAGAACAUCCGGCCGUUCGUCUGCAGCGAGUGCGGCUUGGAGUUCUCCCAGAUCCACCACCUGAAACAGCACGCGCUCACACACAAGGGUGUAAAAGAAUUCAAAUGUGACGUGUGCUCACGAGAGUUCACGCUGUCGGCGAACCUGAAGAGGCACAUGCUGAUUCACGCCAGCGUGCGCCCCUACCAGUGCCACAUCUGCUUUAAAACCUUUGUUCAGAAACAGACGCUCAAGACACACAUGAUUGUCCACUUACCUGUCAAACCUUUCAAAUGCAAGGUCUGUGGAAAAUCCUUCAACCGAAUGUACAACCUCCUGGGCCACAUGCACCUCCAUGCAGGCAGCAAGCCUUUCAAGUGCCCGUACUGCUCCAGCAAAUUCAACCUGAAAGGCAACCUGAGCCGACACAUGAAGGUCAAGCAUGGCAUCGUGGACAUAUCUCUGGACGGGCCAGAUCUGGACAUGAACAGCUCUGAAAACCCUGACAUGGAGGGUCAGGAAGACUAUGAGGAAGAUAAUUCCUAUGAUUACACUGAAUCAGAAACCCCUGACAACACACAAGACAUUUCCAAACUGUCUGAGGAGGCCAUGAAAGACAUGGGGUACUAUGACUUUGAGAAGGAGACAGACAGAUACCCAAUGGCUUGAAGGCUGCGAUGCAGUGUUCACUACAGUGAUGGGGAUGGGAGGUUCAAAGAGCCUGACGAAGCUCAGGGCACUGGAUUGGUUGGCUGUUGACGGCCCCAUCACAGAACCCUACUGAACUUCCAAGAAGUGCCUGCGGUGAGACGUGCUUAACAAUGCAGCUGUUCUGCCUCCAGGUCCCACUAGAUUGUACUGAAACCAGGUAUAUACAGUAAGGAAGGCAAACGGUUUCACACCCCAGUUCAGUGGGUGCCCAGUGAAACCAGUGACUGUUUAAUAUUCCUGCAGAAAAGUUCUGGCACUGUCUAGCCAUCCCUAGGGGGGGGGGCCUCUGGAAAGAAAAAAUAAAAACAUUUAGAUGCAACUUUUUCUCAUGUUUUCAAAUGGUUGAAGUAUUAUUCGUUGAUUGUGGUAUAAAUAGAACUUGUGGGAAAAAGUAGUCUUGCUGAUGAGUAACAGCCAGGGUCAGAGAAAAUAGCAAACAACGGUUUACAAACCAGUACUGCUAGAAAGUGUACAACCCUAGAAGUUCUUACAGUGAUGGUUAUCUAGGAGGCAAAAUAACCCCCCAACGGUGGGUCACGAUACUCUCAUUCUAAAAUGUAGGAUAUGGAUCCUCGGCUAAUACCCUACAUUGUCCAAGGCAGGGUUGAGGUGUUUACAUUGGCUGCUGCAUAAUGGGAACAGCAUCCGUGCAGCUUGAAAAGGUAAUACUAUUUAGACGGAUUGUUUCCUGCACAGAGACAGUUGUCAGGUUCACUGUUAUUAUGAUUGUUUUAUCAGUCCACUAGAUGGCGACCUUUAAGUGCACUGUGCUUCAAUUCCGAGUAGCUGCUGUUGAUGCUUCCCUGUGAAAUCCUAGUGUGUUCAAACCUCAAACAGGAAUCAGCCCUGGGCUUCUAGGGUUUGUUUAUUGACACUAUGGUGCCAAUAAAAAGAUGCUACUAUGUGUUAGUGAUGGAGGCUGAAAGAUAACAUGCUGUUGCUGCCUCCACAUGGCCAGCUUGGUGGAACGUUGGUGAAUAUGGAUUGUCUCCUGAAACCCUUUGUAUUCCCUGAAUGCCAGGGUUUGAAUUGGAGACGUCUCCAAAGUGAAGUCUCUUUUGGGCCGUGGGUGUGUCUGUAGUCAGGGCAGGGUGAUGCACCGAACCCUGGAGUAAAGAAUGGGAAAACAACUGAAACAAGGAUUAGACAUCAGGUGCAAUUUGAAUGAUAACUUUUACAAUAAGUGUUCUAAAGAAAUAUACUUUUUGCUAGUUCUUCUGGAAAUGUACAGUUCACUUAGAGGAACAGCCUGUUUUCUCUUCACAUGUUAACACGUUUAUAGAGCAUGGUUCUGCAUUUGGCAAUGCGUUGCUACAUACCUGUUUUGCAAAGAUACCAAUAGAAGUUUUUUGACAAGCUGAAAAUGUUGUCACAGAUAUAUAAAUCAAUCUUUUGCCCAUUAAAAUGAUUCCUGCUUGUAUGGAUUGAAGUAUAAGCAGUUUAGUGAUUGUAUUAGUGCUUAUUCAUGUGUUCAAGUACACUAAUCUGUAUUGUACUUCUAUUAGUUCUGUUCAAUCUCAGGGCCUUUGUGUGUUCCUUUCAUUCAUCUGGUCACUGUGGACCAAAGAAUUUGACUACUACCAAAAGAAAGACUUGAAGCCAAACAGUGCAGAAAAUGACUAUUAUUCCAGCACCUGGAACGGAGCCUCUUGACGCAUUGUACCACAUUCUUACAAAUCCUGGUUUUCUGAUCAAGAUGGGAAGACAACUAUUGAGCAAGUGUGUGAAAGCUGGUCUUUGAUUCUGACCUGAAAUAUUGCAUCUGAGUUGUUGUAAAAUAGCAAAACUACUUACGUACAUUAUUGCAACUUAGUGCACCAACUAGGACCAGUAUCUGUGAAAACUCCUGCUGUAUGUUCGUGUUAAGAGUGAGAUAGUGUACUGUCCACGGAGUGUGCUGUAGCAGGGCUCCCCUGCCACCAGGAGGAGCUUGCUGAAUGCUGUGCUGUGUAUUGUGUAGAGCUGCACUACACUGCUUGGCAGUAUUAACAUGUAAAUGCAUUUCAGAUAUUCCUUUUAGGCAUUAACAAGGAUACAUGUGGGGGGCAGAUUCCCAUGGAGAUCUUUCAUUAUCCAUCUCCACCACACUGAGGCAUUUAAAAGGCUUUAGCCCUCCCUCUCAUCUCCGUAUAGUUUAUAAUACUUGAGUUUCCUAAAGAGCAUGCCAAUAACAAAUACACUGGAGAUACAAUGACACUAAUUUGCCCUGUGUUGGGGACUCUCUCCAGUAGCUGACAGAGGUUGAGUUGCUGUUGACUAAGCUGGCGUAACUGUGCACAGAUAAGAGAGAAGAUAUUGCAUUUCCUAACCUUCACAGUUAAGACACAAAUAAAACCUUUUGAAAGGA